ACGAUGCAGCUUCAAGCUCUUGUCCUUACCAGUAUCAGCGCUCUGGGAAGCGUUGGAGCACUGGGACUGGGCCUUUCCAUGAAUUCAGCCCUCGCCCUGGCAACCCUGGCCCCUGCUGUUGCUAUUGCGUCUCCCGCACGACUUCUGACGCGAGCGGCAAUCAUUUCUCGCGAAGAGGGUAUAGAGCUUGUAGAUCGUGCGAAUCGGGGACCGCCCGGCUGUGGGCGUGAUCCAGCCACCUGCCAAAGUGAUGAGACUCGGCCGCGGAAGGGACCAAAGGCUCGGUCUGCGACCACGGAGGAUGACGAGUAAGAGGUAGAUGGACGGAUCGGACAUUGUGAAGCGGUUAGUCAUGGAGGUAUGCGAACAUCUUAUCCCUAAAGAGCUGCAAA